AUGUCGGAUUCAGAAAAUGAUUUUAUUGAAGAAGAAUUAAAAGUACUUUUCUUAGGAGAUUCAGGUGUCGGAAAGACUAGCUUGGUUAAAAGAUAUUGCAAUAAUGAUUUUACAAGACAAUAUUUUCCAACCGUUGGAGUUGAUUUUUUUUUAAAAAGAUUAACAUUGCAAAAAUCAAGAAAUGUUACAUUGAAAAUUUGGGAUGUGGGUGGUUCUUCACAAAAUAGUAAUCUUUUGGAUAAGUAUAUAUUUGGUUCUAAUAUAAUCAUAUUAGUUUAUGACAUUACCAAUCAUUCUUCUUUUUGUAACAUCGAAUUAUGGCUUGAGCUGAUAAAAAAUACCAAUAAACAAUACCAUAGAAAAUCAAUGAUUGCAAUUUUUGGUAAUAAAUGUGAUUUAGAACAUCAAAGAAUGAUAAGAUUUGAAAAACAUCAAAGAUAUGCAAGCGAAAAUCAUUUAUUUUCUCAAAUUGUUUCCGGAAGAACUGGUGAAAAUGUACUAUUUUUGAAAAUUUUACUUGUCGCUGAAUAUUUGGGAAUUAAAUUAACAAAAUCAGAAGUUGAAGAGAAUCAACCAGUAGUCAGAGCUGAGAUAUCGACAUAUUCAAAUUUACCUCCUCAGCCUGUAAGAACUUUGACCAACACAUCAAGAUCUUCUGUUUGUUCAAUACAAUAA